AUCUCGCUGCUGCUCCCUCCUCUCUUUUCUCCCCCCUCUCCUCUUUUUACUUCUCUUUCUCUUCAUUGCUGGUUGCUCACACCAACCAGCUCCCAACCAAAGAGCUCCUCUGUCUCUCUCACACUGGGUUUUAAACCAGAACUUUACCUCUGAAAGAAAACAUUACUCCAGAGGAACUUAUUGCUGAAGUCUAAAGGACACUUAACAAUACUUAAGCCAAAGGACGCGUGUUAAAAAGAGCAGGGGUUCAGCAGCACCUUUAAGGCGUCCUCCUUACAGUUAACUUGAGUUCCUGCAGGUCAAUAACGCAUCUGAAGACCCAGCAGCAGCUAUGACUCAGAGCAAUGGGGAGAACCCACAGAGGACCCGGAGCGGGCUGCAGCAGAUCCGGGCCGGGGUCCAGUCCCGAUCCCUGCUGGCCAAGAAGAGAGUGGAGAGCAUCACGAAGGACGAUUUGAGAGGAUGCUUCAUGAGAAAUUCCUUUGUUAUCCUUACUGUCGCUGGUGUCAUUAUUGGCACUAUCAUGGGAUUUGGCCUGCGGCCUUACAAGAUGUCGUACCGGGAGAUGAAGUUCUUCUCGUUCCCUGGGGAGCUGCUGAUGAGAAUGCUUCAGAUGCUGGUGCUGCCCCUGCUGGUUUCCAGUCUUAUCACAGGUAAGAACAUCAGGUCAUAUAACUUAAAUUAG